AUAGAUGAACUUUGUGCUGCACCAAAGUGACAAGUAAAGUGAAUCAGAUCAAUUAUUUAUCUGACAGAAUCAUGUAUGAGCAGGGUCACUGAUGUGCUUUCGAUUGCAGUUCAGCCGACUGUACAGGGUGCUGUGUGUUAAAUCAACAUGGAGAAAGUGCAGCAGAUGAAAAACACCCUCCAACUAACCGUGGACUCACAUCGAGACGAGCUGCACAGUUUGAGUCGGGACAUUUGGAGCCGUCCAGAGCUCGCCGGUGACGAGAGACAUGCGCAGGAGAGACUCGUCCGCUUUUUCUCUCAGGAGGACCAGGCAUGGACGGUGGAAAGUCCCUACAAGCUGCCGACCGCAUUUCGGGCCAGCUGGGGUCCGGUCGGCGGCAGGGAGGGUGACCCGGUGCUGAAUGUGGGGUUCCUGUGCGAGUAUGAUGCGCUGCCGGGUAUCGGGCACGCGUGUGGGCACAACCUGAUAGCAGAGGUGGGAGCUGCGGCCGGUCUAGGGCUGAAAGCUGCUUUAGAAAACCAGAGUGCACCACCUGUCCGAGUGAAGGUUACUGUUCUUGGAACACCUGCAGAGGAGGCCAUAGGAGGAAAGAUCGACCUGAUCAAAGCGGGGGCUUUCGCUGACGUCGACCUCGUCUUCAUGGCUCAUCCAGCUCAGCAGGAUGCCUCGUUCCUCCCUUGUGUCGCACUCGAUGAGGUGUCAGUGAAGUACCAUGGGAAGGCAUCUCACGCAUCUGCAUAUCCCUGGGAAGGAGUGAAUGCCUUGGAUGCUGCAGUGCUCGCCUACAAUAACAUCUCAGUGCUUAGACAGCAACUCAAACCAGAGUGGAGGCUUCAUGGCAUCAUCAAACACGGAGGGGUGAAACCCAACAUUAUCCCCGCCUACACCGAGUUGCAGUUUUAUCUGCGCACGCCGCUAGUCAAAGAUCUUUGUGACCUGAAGGCUAAAGCGGAGGCUUGCUUCAGGGCAGCCGCUGUGGCUACCGGCUGCCAAGUGAAGAUAACCUACCCUACCAAUGCCUACUACAAUAUUCUGCCCAAUGCCACACUGGCGAACCUGUAUGAAAACAAUGGGAAAGCUAUAGGGAUUCAGUUUCCAGAGCAGCCAGCCAACUUCUGUGGUUCCACAGACUUUGGCAACGUAUCAUUCAUAGUCCCGGGUAUCCAUCCUUUCUUCUACAUCUGCACUGAUGCGUUUAACCACACGGAGGAAUACACAGAAGCAGCAGGAGCUGAAAAGGCCCAGUUGUACACCCUGAGGACAGCCAAAGCCCUGGCUAUGACAGCUGUGGAUGUGUUGUGCAGCCCUGAUCUGCUGAUGCAAGUGAAAGAGGACUUCAGGCUGGUCAAACUGAAGCACGAGAAAUGACUAAAGGGCAGCAACGCAGCUUUGGGAGCUCCAUAAAUACGCUAAUAUUAAUAAUAACAGGAAAAAAUAAUAAGGAAUUCUAUGACAUUUUAUAGCUGACAACUGAGUCAGGAUUGUGUUUGGCUUGAAUCAGAGAGCACAUUUUGGCAAACAGUAAGUUGCUCGUGUGGUUACCUUUGAAGGAUAGAGGCGUACAAACUACAACUCAGUGUGGUACAUAGUAUUUAUAACAAAGAUAUCCUUCGGAGCACUUUGGUAGCUGAGUGGUUACCACGUAUGCCACAUACUGGUUCAAUUCUAGCAAGGGACCUUUGCAGCAUGUCAUUCCCCUCUUGCGGCUUAGGGGCGGCUGGAUGUAGAGCGGUCGUCCUCCAAUUGGAAGAUUGGCGGUUCGAUUCCCGGCUCCUCCAGUCUACAUGUCGAUGUGUCCUUGGGCAAGACACUUAACCCCUAAUUGCUCCCGUUGCUGUGCCAACGGUGAGUGAAUGGUUAGCUUCCUCCUGAUGUGCAGGUUGGCACCCUGCGUGGUAGCUGCCACCAUCAGUGUAUGAAUGUGUGUGAAUGGGGUGAAUGAGUUGUAGUGUAAAGCGCUUUGAGUGGUCGAAAAGACUAGAAAGGCGCUAUAUAAGUACAGUCCAUUUACCAUUUACAGUCCAUUUGCUCUCUCCCUGUUUCCUGUCUGCCUCUAUGCCGCCCACUGUCAAAUUAACGCAAAAAAGACCAAAAUAAAUCUUUAAAAAAACAUCCUUUGUAGGGUUUGAGGUACUCAUGUGCAUCGGCCUACAGCCAACAUGUGUUGUUGACUUGUGCUUGGCAAGGUUUGACAUGCAAUGUUCUUUUAGGUGGAGUGUUGCCAGGAACUGUCACCUUUCCAGAUAAAGCAAUACUGCAAUCACUGCAGAGAAAGUACAAAUACAGCUUAUGGGGAGGAUGUAAGCUAACCAUCCUGGUUAUGAUUUUUUUUGCCUCAGAGCUGCCGACAUGUUUGCAGAUUCCUUAUUUGCAAAAUCUUUAUUUUAGAUGUUUGACUUUGACUUCAAUAUGAUUUUAUUGAUGAUGAUUUUUUGGUUUGGGUUUGUUGUAACCACAAUGGAAGUUAACUUAAAACCUUACUUUGUCCACCAUGACAUUUUUGUACAAUUGAAUUCCUUCUUUCUGUAAUGCCAAAUAAUCAGCAAAACAGUGUUUGUAUGUAAUAUAAUUUCUAUUCUUGCCCAUUUUCCCCUCUUGACAUGAUGAGGCAGUGCUAUUUGCGGUCAUUCGGCCCAUUGAAACAUUGGGAUUUCUGGCCACGCUUUUACCAGCAUAGAGGUCAAUUCAAAAUCUUUUGAUACUUAAUCCUUUUUGUGCUUCUGGUGCAGUGAUGCCUUUGUUCGUGUUCUUUAUAGGAUGAUGGUGCACAAAGUUUGAAUAUUCACCAUGCCCUUAGGACCUUGCUUGUAUUAAAAAGAGGGAGUGGUAUUCAGGACAAUCCACACUUUUACCCAUAAAAAUAAAUAGAGAGCUAAUUUAUGUAAUGUAUAUACAUCCUUUCACGCCACAUGUGAGCAGUUAAUGUUAUUACAGAAUGUGCAGUUUUUAUGAUUUAGCAUGAAUGCACAUUAGCAAUCAGACUUUGUGCCAGGCAAAGAGAGAGAGACCCUAAAGCUAGAAGGAAUCCAACGUCUAAUAACUGUGAAAGCUUAUCCCGCAGCAACGUUGAAAUACACUGUAAAAGAGAGCAGCAAAAUAGGAAAUGAAUUUGGGGAUCAAGACAUGAGAGUUGGGAAUUGAAUAAAAGUGCUUCAAUAGACACAGA